AGCUCCACCUACUGUACAAGGCCUCGGCGGCCUCGACGUUCGACACUAGCACCCACUCAUGACCACCUCGGCGACACUACAGGCUCUGUCUGCAGCAGCUACUCCAGCAGACAGGCUCCGCGCGCUCAAGGAUCUCAAGAACUCUGUCAUCGGCAACACAUGGAAGAAGGUCGAGCACGCGAGUGACGAUGCCCUCCUCCAACUCCUACUCACGCUUCUGGAGAAUCCCGGCGACGACAGCGUGUCCGUGAACAUCGUGUGCGAGACCGCGGUCAUCUUUGGUGCCCUCGGCGCAGCCGGCGCCCUCACCCUCCGGCCCCUCUUGGCUGAAGGUGUGCCGCAGCGCCUUUUCGCACUGGUUCGAGACAUCCCACCAGAGCAGCCGGGGGCAGCGCGCAUGCUCGCGCCUGUGCUUAGGGCGUUGCGCAACAUCCUCACCGCGACGGCAGACACUCUGUGGGGCCACAACUGGGGCGUGGGCGCCGAACAAAAGGUGGUGGGCACAGGGCUGGUCGGCGAUGACGUCCUCCACCCCGCCCGUGUGCGGGGAUCGGCGCGCGCGGCAUCAUGGCGGGCAGAUGCGAGCACAGCGCUCGCGCUUGUUUUCGAGCCGGAAAACCGCGACGCGCUCCUCCUUCUCAUCGAGGCGCAGCCCGAGCCUAAUGUGCUCCUGCCCAUCUACCAGCUGCUUGCCCGCCUGACGCAGCGGUCAUCUCACCGCGCCGCGUUUGGCCUGCAUAGUGCCGACGGCGCGGAGGUCCCAGCGUCUCUCGUCGACCACCUUCUCGAGACCGUCGUCGACUGGCGCACCCCCGGUCAGCGGCCCAACGCAAAGCUUCUUGAAGCAGCGCUGGACCUUCUCAGCGCGCUAGUCAAGGGCCAGCCCCGAAUCUCCACCUACGUCCGCCAGUGGUCAGCAGGGCUCGACGUUGCAGCGGAUGACGGCAUCGCAGUGCCCGAAGUCGUUACAAUACUCGGCGAGCUGCUGGAGACUGGGCCGCCCGGCGUGCGCAUCGCUGUUACGGGAUGCUUAACGAACAUUCUGAAGGCCGACAAGGGGCACCAUGUGCGCGAUCGCCUGAGCCUGAACCGGACGAACAACGAGCUCCUGAACGUCAUCGUCAAGCUGCUCCGCACCGAGGCGAUUGAGGAGCGCGUCAAACUCUGUUUUGUGCUUGCGGCACUCACGUCCGACGAUGAGCGGCUACAGAAGAUGGCCUACGAGGAGAACUGCCACACGCAGUUGAUCGGCAUGCUUGUCGAAGUCGACGGGGACGAGGAGCGCGGCGAGCUGGGCCAUGACGCCGCGACGCGCAUGCGCGAGGGCGCCCUCCUCGCCCUCGCCUCCCUGUGCUUCCAGUACGAGCCGACACGGCGCGCGAUCGCCGAUUCGCAGACAUCAGUGCUGGAGCUCGUACGCGGCGCCCUGCGGCACCCCAGCUACGGCGUGCGCGCAGCCGCAUGCCAGCUUGCCCGCGCGCUGUCGCGCACCGUCGCGAUUUUGAAGACGUCCCUCGUCGACUCGGGUGUCGGCGAAGAGGUGAUCGAAGCGCUGAAGCGCGAAGUUGCGCGGCGCAAAGCGGGCGGCGACGACGGGCCCUCUGACGGCGGGUUCGACGUCCUUCCCGAACAAGAAGUGGGCGAGCGCCAAUUCACCGUCGAAGUCGCCGCCACCGCGACCAUCUGUAACUUGAUCGUGGAGUUUUCUCCGCUGCAAGCCAAAAUCGCGGACCCGAAGAGCCUCGAGCUCCUCGCGGGCCUCACGACGGUGCCGUACGAGCCGCUGGUCGAGAAUGCGCUCUGGGUGUUCAAGAACAUCAGCUACCACGCGACGCAGCAGCUGAAGGACGACAUUAUGGCCGCGGUGGGGUGGGACGCGCUGCUGCGGCUCAUGCGGGCGCCGACGCCGCCCUCGACGCGCGUGCAAGCCCUCGGCAUCCUGCAGAACAUGCUGGACAAAGCGUCGUCGUCGCAGCUCGCGCGCGUCGUUGACGCGCUCGGCCCCGACUUCUGGGGCCUCAUGACCGACAGCCUCGGCGACGAGGGCGAGGUGCGCGUCGCCGCGCUCUACUGCCUCGGCAGCGUGGCGCUGGGCAACGAGCGCCUCCGGCGGCAGAUCACGGAACGCGUGCGCCUCGUCGAGGCGCUCAGCGACGCGCUCGGCUCGCGCGACAGCUUGGUGUGCGUGCCCGCGCUGCGCGCGCUGCGGCAUCUGCUCGAGAAGAGCGAGAAGGGCGACGGCUCGCGCUCGUGGCGGCCGCGCCAGGCCGUCGUCGACCUCUUGCAGCCAUACCAGCUCAAAACGCGGUUGGGGGAGCUCGCGGAGGAUUCGCCGAAUGUCGGCGUGCGCAGAGACGCAGCCAAUCUUCUCGAGCUGUUAGAGCGUGCUCGGGCGUAAUGUGAGAGUGACAGUAAAGAGUAUGAGGCGCGAGAGGAAGGGCGACAUCCGACUCAAUCUCUUGUUGUAUGAUUGUGUAAUGUACAUGAUAAUAUGUCUUG